UAAAGCACGAACUACAAAGUUCAUUAUAUUUUUCGUAAUGAACAUUUUUUUAAUCAUUGUGAAGUCAUGAAUCGUAGAGUUGAGUUUACCUAGUGCAUUUUCGAGUGAUCUGAAUACCUACUGACACCGAGAUGUUGGGACCCAAUUUGUUGGCCAUGUCAUUGAUGCUCUUGAACGUUCUGACUUCAGUUUCUGGACAAUGCCGAUAUUCACAUGAUAUAAUGUUAGGGAGUCAAUACUACAUUUUCAACGAGGAAUACCCAGAAAACUACAGAAAAGGUACGAAUUGUAGAUGGAGUGCUAGAAGCGAACCAGGCACGCAAAUAGUACUGACCUGCGAAGAAAUCAACAUACCUCAGUCCAACGAGUGCCAAUACGACAAACUGUCUGUUUCACUAUCUGGAAAUGCCAAUUUUGCUGAUGCCCAUAACUAUUGUGGAGAAGGUACUUUGAGCUUGCUGUCGAAUGAUAACUCGAUGGAAAUAGGUCUUUUCUCGUCCUACUGGAGUCCGUUCAGAGAAACUGGAAGAUUCAUAUGUAGUCUCACUUCAAUUCGCAGCAAUGUACCAACUACCACAACUAGAAGACCAGUGACUUGCGAUUGUGGAUGGAAGCAAGGUAUGAGAAUUGUUGGAGGGCAGGAAACAGGUGUGAACGAGUAUCCUUUCAUGUCUGCACUGGUAGAUUCAGAACUGGGUUCCCUCUACUGUGGUGCAGCUAUAAUUUCUCAACGUUACGCUGUCACUGCAGCCCACUGCCUGACGAGUAAACUGCCCAAAAAUAUCGGUUUGCUCGUUGGAGAUCAUAACAUUUCAACAGGUGCCGACACACCUUACGCACAGAUCUAUCUAACGGAAAGAUUCAUAAUCCACCCUGAAUUCAACCCGCAAACUCAAAACAAUGACAUAGCAAUGGUGAAGACCAGAAUGAACAUAGCGUUCAGCCUUUACGUAGGACCAGUUUGUCUACCCUUCAGGUACACCACUAACGAUUUCAGGGGUUUGCCGGUGACAGCCCUAGGUUGGGGUUCGGAAGAAUUUUCUGGACCGAGAUCCGAAGUCUUGCAGGAAGUAACCCUGAAUGUUAUCAGCAAUCAACAAUGCUCUUACACGGAGAAAAACAUCACAGACAAACAGUUGUGCACGUACGCCUCAAACAAAGACUCGUGUCAGAGCGACUCAGGAGGACCCUUGGUGUACCUGGAGAGUAGCAUCAGGAGGCUGCAACUGGUUGGUGUGAUAUCUUUUGGUCUCGGAUGUGCCACUCUGAGACCAUCGGUGAAUGUCAGAGUAACUUCUUUUCUUUCUUGGAUAGUGAGCCAGACUUCUGAUACCAAUUAUUGCAUACGAUAGCUGAGGAAUUUAUGAGUGGAAUGAAUUUUUAUUCCAUACGGAAUAUCCAAAUAGCAUUGUACUUUUGAGAGUAUCAUGAAAAUAUGCACAAUUUUAUUUAUUUUUUAUUUUUAUGGAGAAUUGUUGUUGAUAAAUGAUUUUUCGC